AUGUCUGCCCAGGCCGGUCGCUCCACCGGCCUGGCCGUGGCCGCGUGUAGAGCGCAACACAUACAGGCACAUUGGGCCCGCUCCAGGUGGUUGCCGGCGACACCAGCGGGCAGCGAUUCGCCGUGGUUUAGCAGGGUCAGCGGCAACUCGGCCACUAAAAGUGCGGGCAACAGCGAUUUGAGCUUCAGCAACCAUGAAAGAAGCAACCAUAACCUUACCCCCCAUCAAUGCAGCCCGGACCAUCGUCGCACCAGCUACAUCCACGCCGAUGCAGCUUCAGCCCACAUCCACAUCAAUGUCCUCCUGAGCUCGCAAAGGACACAUCAACCACCAGCUGCUUUGCGGGUGACGCAGCGUCCCUCACGGUUACGGCGUACACAUACGCAUACACCUUUGCACACACAAUCUCGCUUCAUUGUUCAAAAUUUGUCACUUUUGUCCUCAGCCGCAGCUACACUUCCCUCGUCGAGCUCGCCCUUUUCCACUUGCGCCUACUUGUCCUCAAACACGACACCCAUUUACACCACCCCCAACUCGCUCUCCCAGUUCGCGUGCUCGCCGUCCUCCUCGCCGUCGAUAGUCGACCCAACGUAUACAAUUGCAAGCACACGCUGUGUUUUACUUAACCUCGCACCUGUCCGCGGACGCAUCCGCAAGCUGCCUACAAUCAUGGGCCAGGCCGUGAAGCAGACCCGCGAUCAUGGUGACCAUGGUCAUGGUCACAGUCACGGGGGUCAUGGACAUCACCACCAUCACCACGACAGCACAUAUCUCACAUCCGCCAAUAAAAAUGACCCUGGCGUACGGAUCACGCGAAUUGGCUUGUUGUCCAACUUGGGCAUGGCAAUUGCCAAAUUCAUCGGCGGAUGGGCGUUCAAUUCCAAGUCCAUGACGGCAGACGCCUGGCAUAGCAUUGCUGACCUCGCCUCCGAUAUCCUCACAUUGGCAACUGUCUCUUGGAGUUUAAAACCGCCAACCGAUCGAUUCCCCAUGGGAUUUGGCAAGGUGGAAAGCUUGGGCUCUCUGGGUGUUUCGGGCAUGCUGCUGGUUGGCGGCUUCUACAUGGGGUGGGAGAGCGCAAUCAGCUUGUACGGUCACUUCAACCCCGAAGGCGCCCAUCACAUUUUUGAACACAUUGGUCACGGCCAUAGCCACUCCCAUAACCCCGCUGACCUUGGAAUCCCCAAUAUCCACGCCGUUUGGUUGGCUGCCGGUACCAUCUUGGUAAAGGAAUGGCUGUAUCACGCAACAAUGAAAGUUGCGCGGGAACGCAAGUCGUCUGUUCUCGCCUCCAACGCUAUUCACCACCGUGUGGACAGUCUCACCGGCAUUGUGACGCUGGCUGCUAUCCUGGGCGCCAACGUUGUCGAGAACGCUGCCUGGCUGGACCCUGUGGGCGGACUCCUCAUCUCCAUUAUGGUUGUCAAGGCCGGGUAUGAUAACACAAAGGAAGCCAUGUACGAGCUAGCAGACCGCAGCCUCGAUGACGAGGUCAAGACCAAUGUCCGCAAGCAAGCACACCGGGCAUUGGCCAAUGUUAGCGAGGGUCAUGAAGCCGAACUCCGUGACAUUAGCGGCACCAAGUCGGGGCAAAACUACCUCGUUGAUGUCGAAUUGGCCGUGCCCGGUGCAUGGACGGUAGAUGACGUCAAAGACCUAGAGGAUGCGGUGCGCAUGCAAGUUGGCAGUAAAGUGCGCGGCGUGAGACGUCUUCGUGUGCGGUUUGUAUCGCGCGACAAGGCGGUAAAUGAGAAGUUUGAUGAAUUCAUUUCAGGACAGGACGCUCUUCAGAAGCCGGAGCCGGAGGAGGGAGAGAAUGGUGACGCUGUGAACCACGACGAGAAGCAUAGACAUUAG